AUGGGCGAACCUGCCUCUACCGUCGCGAGCCCACAGCGCAAUGUCGGGUCUACUAUCAAGGAGCGGAAGAACCCAGCUUCAAUACGCUAUCCCUUCUGGUUUGGAGGCAGUGCAGCCUCCAUGGCCGCGGUAGUAACUCAUCCUCUGGACUUGGUCAAAGUCCGCCUCCAGACUCGCCCUCCCGAUGCCCCAAAGACGACCUUGACCACGUUCACAUAUAUUUUCCGUGCCCAAGGCGUCACCGGCCUGUACGCAGGUCUCUCGGCCGCCCUCCUCCGCCAAAUGACCUACUCGACCGUGCGCUUUGGCGUCUAUGAAGAUCUCAAGUCCCGCUUCGCCUUGCAGCCCACGCCCUCGAACCCCAAACCCAAACAAUCCAUGACCACGCUGAUAGCCACGUCCUCCUUUGCCGGCCUGCUGGGCGGAAUCGCAGGAAACCCUGGCGACGUGCUGAAUGUGCGCAUGCAGUCCGACGCCUCCAAAGCCAUCGAACACCAGAAAAACUACAGACACGCGCUAGACGGCCUCGUGCGCAUGAUCCGCGAAGAAGGCGUGUUGUCGCUGUUCCGCGGCGUGGGCGCAAACUCCUCGCGCGCGCUCCUGAUGAACGCCUCGCAACUGGCCUCGUACGAUAUCUUCAAGUCGUUCUGCCUCUCCUCGCUCCACAUGUCAGAUACGUUGACCACGCACUUCUCCGCUUCAUUGGCGGCAGGUUUCGUGGCCACCACCAUUUGUUCUCCUGUCGACGUGGUCAAGUCGAGGAUCAUGAGCCACGCAAGCAGUAAGCUGUCCAUCCUAGGGAUCGUGCGGGAAGCGGGCAGGAACGAAGGCUGGCUCUGGAUGUUCCGCGGCUGGGUCCCCAGUUUCAUUCGAUUGGGCCCGCAGACGAUCUUCACCAUGGUGUUCUUUGAGCAGCACAAGAAGUGGUACCGUCAUUUGAUGGGACUGCCGGAAUGA